AUGAAAGGCGCCUACCAAGAAAACCCCAGUCUCGACAUGAUAUUAUCUUCGUUCUUCUUGCAUAUUCACUCGGCCAAUCGAGGCCAGAUAUUCAAAGCCACUUUGCUUCUCCGCGAAGCCAUUACGAUGGCACAGCUACUGGGAUUAGACCAGGCUGGCCACUAUGCUGGCCGAUCUGCUACUGAAGCGCAGGAUCGGCUUCGAAUCAUCUGGCUACUUCACAUCACAGAAAGGGGCCAUGCAACGCGCUUCGAUCUCCAGUGUAUCCUUCAUCUUGAUUCACGCCUGCCAGCACUGCACGCAGAUGAAAACCCGUUCGACUUGCUGCCCUUUUUAGGCAUGGUUCAGCUCUUCCAAACAUUCGGCACUGCCAUAAAUAGCUUUGAAUUGCAUGAUGAGUGCCAUCUCCUCCCAGCCAUGGAUAUGGAAAUCCAGCAAAUACCGCAAUUACUGGACCAUUCUCCCGACUCUCAACUGGUCGACUUUCUCAUCACGAAACAGUGGAUGAGGCUGAUUCUAUGGAGGCGAGCUAUGUUCCAUGUGGAGCUAUCACUUAAUAUGGCUGCCGAGAGCCUCAGCGUAUUCUUCCCCGAGCAGCUUGCGCAGAAAGUGGUCGCGCAUAUUAGCACUUUUCCACGAGGGGUUGUCGGGUCUCAUGGUCUAGGAAUGCAGAUGAAACUUGCAGAUAUCGCAAUAUCCCUUGCGGAUGUCCUGUCUUGUAGAUCCGGCAAUUCCGAAUCGCAUGAAUAUAUGCGGGUUGGGUCCAGAGACCUCCUACAUUACCUAGCCGCAUUCCUGACGUCUAUUCCAAACAGCGUGAGCCUCUGACUUGGCCUAUUACAAGAAAAGAUGGCUCGAACCGGCUGGGUACUCCCCUUAGCACACAGGGUUUUGCCUACGGGAGAAGUUUGGGCCGAGGAGCGGAACACAUAAAACAGCCGAACGGUUGCCCCAUGUACCACGUGGUAACCCAUGAUAAAAGUGACACGGUUCAGAUCACCCACCGAGCUACAUAGGCUAUAGACAAGAUAUAUUGAAUUCUGACGACCAGUCUCAAGGGCUGGGCCACUCUGGGCUGGCAAACUCGGCGAAAUGAAGUUGUCCGGUUCAUCUAUCUUGACGAAUACUCCGUGCUGUUGGAAAAGAAAACCAUGACGGCGAAGGUGGUGAUAGAGAACCCGACGCCCAUAACCUUCGGCAUCGCCAAUUCCAAGCUCCUCGGUCAAGAGAGCCUUGAUUUCAUGCCGCUGCUGCUGCUGAAGUGGGCAGUCUGUACGACGCUGAAUUCCAAGCUGUUUCGUAACCUUUUAAGUGUAGGCCCAGGGACCUGGAAUCCCUCCUUCUGUAGCACUCUGAGUGUUUCUUUAAGAGAUAAGCCGGCCUUGGUAAAUAGCGUGAGAAUGCGAGCGUGCAAAGCUUUAUUUUGGCUGGGUAGUUCGCGCCGCAGGCCCCAGGAAGAAAGGCGAGUUUUGAGCGUGCGAAGUGAGAUAUUAAUACCAUGGUUUGUAUGAUGGUCUGGAUAGUACCAAUAGGUGCAUUCUGAGAA